CAGGGAGAGUGCAAACGGUAUGGGUUUAACAAUCUAAUUUUUCACAGAAUCAUGCAACCAGUAAACGUCUCGGUAUGGUUGUGUUAAGAAAAUAUGUUCAAGUACUGAGGUAAAUGCAGGCUUGGUACUCAUUUUUUAAUGCGAAAUACACUGUCGUCAUGGUGACGGAAUCACAAGGCACCGUGUAAACAGCUUUGCCAGUAAAAAAAGAAGUUUCUGUCUGCAUGCCUUCUGUAACCAGGAAGUCAGGGAUGGUCAACAGAAGUAUAAAGGUAGUUAGGAUGCACAUCAGGAAGAAACACAUCAUUAUGAGAUUGUAUUCUCUCAGCUUGUAUCACCAAUCCAGGCAGACUGGAAUGCUGGAGUACGUUUACAGAAGAUACAAGACAGCUGCAAUUCAAAACAGAAAACAGAAGAAUGAAAAUAAGAGAUAAAUUAUUAAUGUGGAAAAUAACCUUGACUGUCUUCAAUGGAAUUUUCUUGGCGCUGGGUGUUAUGCUUUUGACGUUUGGUUUGUGGCUUUUAUUUGACAGAAACAAUUUAUUUGGUGUGUUAUUUUCUUCAGGUGAGAACCAACUAGUGGCAAGUAUUUCUUUUAUGUUACUUGGAAUUGGAUCUCUUAUUAUUUUUACAUCAGCCGUGGGAUUCCUUGGAAAUGUUAAGGAAAUCAGAUGCCUACUAGUUACAUAUGUGUGUUUUCAAGUCCUGGUGUUUUUCACGCAGAUUACCAUAUCAGUGCUGAUAUUUCUGAAGAAAGAAGUGGUCUACCAUCAAUGGAACAACAGAAUUGAUGAAGUUAUUUCUGAAUAUGGGAAUAAGAGUCUGGCUGAGAAGGAGCCUGUGUGGAAUAUUCUGAACGCUGUGCAGCAAAAUAUGGAAUGCUGUGGAAGAUACAAUGUCACACAGUGGGAAAAGAAUAAAAACAAGGAAAACAGUACUCAGAUCCCAUGUUCGUGCACAAAAUCUAAUCUGAAGAAAUGGUUUUGUGAUAUUCCAAGGAAUUCAACAUAUAGUAUGGGCUGUGAAGAAUAUUUAGAUACGUGGUUUGAAAAUAAUGUUCUGAUCUUAAACGGAAUUAGUAUAAUCCUGCUAAUUACACAGGUAUUUGUGAUCACAUUAACCAUGAAGCUAUUUAUGAACAUCAGAAAGAAUAGUAUUUGGCCAAAUGAAUGAUGAAUUCCUCUGGGCGUUGCUGUUCAAGAAGAUCUGCUCCAUUCCUGUGACAAUAAACAAAAUUUCACAUUGCUCUGUAUGUAUUGUAAUUACCAGUAUAUUAACAUUUGGGCUUUAAUAUGUUUGUUUUUUGAUCAUAGAUACAGAUCUAGCAGUAUGCUACAAAACUCUGUUUUAAAGUGUUAAGUACUAUGCCUUUUACUAUAUGGUUAAUAAAACUUCCUUAAAAAUUGUAUAUUA